AUAGAAACCCUGCGAAAGAAGAUGAAGAAAACCAGAGAAAGAGUCUACAACAGAGAGAGGGAAUUUGCGUAUAAAUUCAAAGUAGGAACUCAAUGCUUAGAACUGAGGGUACCUCUCAAAUUUCCUGUUCAAGAGAACGCGAGUCAUUUACAUGGACGUCUGAUGCUGCUGCACAGUUUACCAUGCUUUAUAGAAAAAGACUUAAAAGAAGCUCUGAGCCAGUUUAUAGAAGAAGAAUCCCUCAGAGAUUAUGAUAGAGAUGCUGAAGCAUCCCUGGAAGCUGUGAAAUCAGGUGAAGUUGAUUUACAUCAGCUGGCCAGUACGUGGGCCAAAGCUUAUGCUGAGACCACAUUAGAGCAUGCGAGGCCUGAAGAGCCCAGCUGGGAUGAAGAUUUUGCAGAUGUAUACCAUGACCUAAUCCAUUCUCCGGCCUCUGAAACUCUUCUAAAUUUGGAACAUAAUUACUUUGUUAGUAUCUCAGAACUGAUUGGUGAAAGAGACGUGGAGCUGAAAAAGUUACGAGAGAGACAAGGUAUUGAAAUGGAAAAAGUGAUGCAGGAAUUGGGGAAAUCACUGACAGAUCAAGAUGUAAAUUCACUGGCUGCUCAGCAUUUUGAAUCCCAGCAAGACUUAGAAAAUAAAUGGUCAAAUGAAUUAAAACAAUCAACUGCCAUCCAAAAACAAGAAUAUCAGGAAUGGGUGAUAAAACUUCAUCAAGACCUAAAAAACCCCAACAACAGCUCCCUCAGUGAGGAAAUUAAAGUUCAACCGAGUCAGUUCAGAGAAUCCGUAGAAGCAAAUGGAAGGAUUUAUGAGGAGCAGAGAAAGUUGGAAGAAAGUUUUACCAUUCACUUAGGAGCCCAGUUGAAGACCAUGCAUAAUUUGAGAUUGCUGAGAGCAGAUAUGCUGGACUUCUGUAAGCACAAAAGAAAUCACCGAAGUGGCGUGAAACUCCAUCGACUCCAGACUGCACUGUCACUUUAUUCCACCUCUCUCUGUGGCCUGGUUUUACUUGUAGACAAUCGAAUCAAUUCAUAUAGUGGUAUUAAAAGAGAUUUUGCCACAGUUUGCCAAGAAUGUACUGACUUCCAUUUUCCCCGGAUCGAAGAGCAACUGGAAGUUGUCCAGCAGGUGGUACUUUAUGCUAGAACCCAACGAAGGAGUAAGUUGAAAGAAUCACAUGAUUCUGGAAACCGAAAUGGAGGAAGUGACGAUAAGGCUAAAAAUUCUGACAGGAACUAUUUAAAUAUUUUACCUGGAGAAUUUUAUAUUACACGGCAUUCUAAUCUCUCUGAAAUACAUGUUGCUUUCCACCUUUGUGUGGAUGACAAUGUGAAAUCGGGAAACAUCACUGCUCGAGAUCCUGCCAUUAUGGGACUCCGAAAUAUACUCAAGGUUUGCUGUACCCAUGACAUCACAACAAUAAGCAUACCUCUCUUGCUGGUGCAUGAUAUGUCAGAGGAAAUGACUAUACCAUGGUGCUUAAGGAGAGCAGAACUGGUGUUCAAGUGUGUCAAAGGUUUCAUGAUGGAAAUGGCUUCUUGGGAUGGAGGUAUUUCCAGGACGGUGCAGUUUCUGGUACCACAGAGUAUUUCUGAAGAAAUGUUCUAUCAACUUAGUAACAUGCUCCCCCAGAUCUUCCGAGUGUCAUCAACGCUUACUCUGACGUCCAAGCACUGAACCCUUAGAGACUGACACUCUGGCAGAAGACUGCCAAACUCUCCAGGAACCUGAGCUGUGCUGGGCUUCUGUCAAGCAAAAGAUGCCCGGAAAGAGAACUUGCAAUCCAAGCCACAAAUCAAAUCAUGAUGUAUGUC